ACAUGUUUAUUCUGAAAGAUUUCUUUUAAAAAACAUUUACGAGAAGUAUGGCAACUAGAUUAGGAUGGAUAACCUCAGCGAUCCUCUUAGUCCUCUGUAAAUAUUUACUUUCACAGAAACAUACAACAGAUUUCCACUAUCAAUGUUCUGAGUGUACAUGCUUACUGGAUUCAUCUGUUUGCAAAAACUGUACAUACACGGAUGUAGAAGAUAAUAACAUAUCUUGGAAAAGAACAUUGACUGAAAGCAGGAAAUAUCCAUCUUAUUUCCAAAGUCUUUUGGUUGGAGUGAUAAUUUGCGGGAUAUUGGUCAUAAUCUUGACAGGAAUUGUUAUUUUCUUAGUGAUCCACAUCUUCAGAUUGAAAAGAAGACAUUGUUAUGAUGAAAGAGAAGGCAUUCAGAAUGCAGAAUCUGUCUCUUCAGCGAGUCCAAAUACAGACUAUAUCAUUCCGAUUCAAGCACAAGAUGAUAUUCAGCCUGAACAGCAUUACAGAGAACUCUCUUCUGUUAACAUGGUUAAUGAGUACGUAGAAAUUGUGCAAUGAAAACGUCAUUAAGAACCGAAAAAGACAUAUUGAAGAAACAAAUUGCACAUGAGAGAUAUCUUCAAUGUAUCCUGAUACAUAAUCUAGAACGACAACUGAACAAAAUGGCUUUUACAGAAGACUGUGAAUGGGAGACUUCUUCAUGACAUAUAUAUAAGAUCACAUUACUAUAUUAUAAAGUAGAGGAGUAAAAUGUGUGGAUAAAAUAUUAAAAUACUAGCUAGUAGACAUUAAAUGUGCAACACUCUAUAUUUCUCGACAUAUUUUAAAUAAUAAAUUAACCCUAACUUUCGUGUGAAAAAAUCUGCAUUCAAAUCAACACAUAUAUACAUAUUAUCUUAUUUUCCAGCUACAUUAUAAAACAUUUCUUUUUAAAAAUGUUUACAUAAAAAUUUAUAUGCAUCAAAUACAUCACAAGGUAAAGACAGGCACCAUCUUGGAUAAUUUGAAAAAUGUCUCCUGAAACUAAACGACCUGUGUUAUAGAGUUCGAUCCAUCAAUGUCUCAGAUUAUGACUCAUCUAACCAAAACCUCACAUUGUAUUUCCAAUAAAAUAUACCUCCUUAUUCUAGUUCUCUAUAUGUAGUUCGUGUUUGCAUUGCUCCUGUUUUGUAUUGUUUUAUGGACUUUUGAUCUUGAAUACAAUUAGUUAUCUCCAUAUGUUU